UAUUCAUGGCUUCUCACUUCACUUCAUCUUUCAAUGUUUGGUUUCUCUUGUUUGCUAUUGCCUUAGGGGUAAAAUUGUCCGAGUGUACAAAUAUUACCAUUAUAAACUACUGCGUAGAGACAGUAUGGCCUGGAAUUACACCCAAGAACAAUUUCAGUGGAGAUGGUUAUGAGCUGAAACAAGGCCAGUCUGCCGUCUUUACCGCCCCGGCCGGGUGGAGCGGCCGUAUAUGGGGUCGAACCGGGUGUGACUUUGACAAGAAUGACAAUGGCACGUGCCAGACCGGUAGGUGUGGGACCGGCUUAAAAUGUCGUGAACCGGGUCAGCCUCCAGCUUCAAUUGCCGAAUUUACCCUUGGAGAUACUGAUUUCUACGAUGUUAGCCUUGUGGAUGGGUUCAACUUGCCUAUAGUUGUGAAACCUGUAAAUGGCAAAGGAAACUGCAGUUCUGUUGGAUGUGACAGUGAUCUCAGACCAAAUUGCCCUUCUGAGCUAGCUCUCAAGUCGGACGGCAAGACAAUCGCCUGCCGGAGUGCAUGUAACGUCUUUGACACCGAUGAAUAUUGCUGCAGAGGUACAUUUAGUAGUCCAGUUUCAUGUUUGCCUACAAACUAUUCAAGGAUUUUCAAGACAGCAUGCCCUGUGGCUUAUAGCUUUGCCUUUGAUGACCCAACUAGUAUCAUCACUUGCUCUUCUACGGACUAUGUUGUGUCAUUUUGUUCUUCAAGGAACCAGAACCAGACACAGUGCACAAAUCAUGGCAAGAAUGUGACUUGUAAUGGAGCAUAUGGAUUGAAGUCACUCUUUAAAACAAGACAUUUACUGAUGGUUGGAUUGACAACAGUGAUAAGUCUUGGAGGAUUGAUGUUUUGACAGAAAUAGUACAGAUUCUUAUCUUUUUGAGCACCUUCGCAACUACAUUUACUUUUCUCAUUCAUAUAGGAUUUUGAUUGCAUUUCCUUGUCUUUUGAAAUUUUAAUCACUAGUGUGAAAACAUCAAAA